ACAACAACCACAGCUCAAGAUGAUCCAACUGUAACAACAACAACAUCAGCUGCUCCAACAACGAAUUCCUACAACUUUGAGGUAUAAAGCCAAAACGUUACGAUUCUUCUUCAUGAUCCUCUUGCUAGUCAUGCCAACAUUUAAGUCAUAAGUCAUUUUUAAUGAUGCGUUCCUAGUGUUCAUCAUAGACUCUAACCUUUUUUCUAUCAAUCAACACUUGCGCUGGCCUUCAGUUUAACUAAAAAAUUAAAAGUGUUUAUAGUGUUUUACUAUAAUUUAAUUUUCUUUUUCUUUUUCACAAAGGAGUCUUGGAACUUUACGACCCCAGAAUACCCAGACCACUGGACUCUUAUCGCCAGAUUUUCUAACAAAGACCAGAAGAACUGGAUGCGAGACGAUGGACUCUGGUGGUAUGACCAAGAUUAUCCUAUAGGUAGUAGAUCUGAUCCGUCGGUCAAUGCUGACAUGAUCGCACCGGCCUUCUGGUAUCUCAGAGGUAACGAGUUUAAGAUCACGCGCAGUGAUGACUCCAGUCAUACGCCCCUGUUGCAGACCACAGGGAACUGUCUGGGUGGAAAAACAUUUCGAUCCAAAAUCACAAGUUAUGGCAACUUUAGAAAUGGCAAGGUUUGGUCCAACGACACCUGCCUGGGAAGUUGUUUUGUUCAAUAUGGUGGUCAGUACAAUUCAACAGACGGGUUUCAACAGGCUGGGUGNAAGAUUAUCCUAUAGGUAGUAGAUCUGAUCCGUCGGUCAAUGCUGACAUGAUCGCACCGGCCUUCUGGUAUCUCAGAGGUAACGAGUUUAAGAUCACGCGCAGUGAUGACUCCAGUCAUACGCCCCUGUUGCAGACCACAGGGAACUGUCUGGGUGGAAAAACAUUUCGAUCCAAAAUCACAAGUUAUGGCAACUUUAGAAAUGGCAAGGUUUGGUCCAACGACACCUGCCUGGGAAGUUGUUUUGUUCAAUAUGGUGGUCAGUACAAUUCAACAGACGGGUUUCAACAGGCUGGGUGCAGUGGCGAGCUGCAACCCAACAACAAGAUCGGCUUCUGGUGUCAAUGGAGUAGAGGCGAUGGAUCAGUGAUGAUGAUUGGUGGAGGAGGAAGUGACUGUUCACGUGCUGAUCACGAGAUUGGUAUUACAGAGGCUAACCAGGCUUCUUUUGUUGAAUAUGACAGCGAUCCGACUGAAUAUGAUUUUGGAUACGACGCUCACGCAGAAGAUACUCCAUCCCUGAGCUAUGCAUUAAACCUGUGGGUCCGUUGGUCCUAUUGA